GUUCAUAUUGCACCUCUUAGUGCAAAUUAGCUGAGAAGGUGUUUUCCCUAAUUAGUAUUUACAAAUGUGCUAAGACAUCGCAACACACUGAACUACUAGCAAUAUAUAAAUCGGAGGGGAAUAUUUGUGGUUGUUGAUUUCAUCUUCAUGAACAUUAAUAUUCUGUUUUAGACCCAGUAUUACAGCCUACUACAGCUCCAUGGCCCAACAUGGAUAAAACCUCAUAACAAUUGGAAUAUGAUUCUCAUGCAGCUGCAUAUUGUAAAUGAUGAUUCUGCCUUUGCCAGAAAUGAAAAAUUUGUAUUGGAAUUUUAUUCUUCUACUUUAUAUUAACAAUUAUAUUUUGGUAUAUCCAGUUCAUAGCACUUUUCAAGUGUCAGUUGGAAUUGCAGUAUACGGUUAAUUCAGGUAUACUGUAAAUAACAUGGCGUCUGUGGCUCGUCUACCAUCUCUGUCAGGUGUGGGUGGUCAUGUGACACAACAAGUUUUAAAUCAACUGCCAUCGCCACCUAAACUUGGUGUCAUGGUAACCAAGAAAAGAUCAAACACCAAAGGAAAACGGGAUUUAGCAAAGGAUGAAAACUCCACUAACGCAAAAAUAGAUACGGAAAGAUACCGAAAUUCCUACAUGCAUAACCUGUGCUUGGAUAUGUUGAAAGAUGGCUUUCAUCAUUCGUUCUGUGAAUUAUUUAAUUUAUUGAAAAAAGAGAAAGAAGAACAAGAGAGGUUAGGCCCAGACUCUGGUUUGCAGGAUCAACCUUUAGUUCAAGAUCAACCACAGAAACUUGAACAAAUGAAAGUGCAUUUGACGGAAGCUGAGGCUGCAAAACGCAGAGGUAAAAUGGACGCAGUUUACAGUUGUUAUCUGAAGCUAGCAACGUAUUUUGAAAAGCAUGAUGACAUUUCAUUUUCCAAUCAUUUUUACAAACUGUGUUUGGAGGCAAGUAUUAAAGUUCGAGGUGAUGGAAGACGAAAGGAAGCCGAGGCUAACUUCAAUAUGGGUGUGGCUUUUGAGAAACAAGGAUAUUACGUUAAAGCAAUGGAGUGCUUUGAGAAUUUCUAUUCUUUGACUAAUGGCCGUUUAUGGAAAAUGGAAGACAGUGACAGGACUCUCUUUUCAUUGGCGUGUGAAAGUCUUCAAAGUGUCUACACUACAUUAUCAACAAAGGUAAAAGACUUAGAUUCUUCGGAAAGUAUCGAUUACCUUUUGAAAGCUUACAAAGUUUCCAAAGAAGGUGAUAAUAUUCAGAAACGGGGUGACGCAAGUUACAUACUUGGCUGUGCCUAUCUGGACAACGCUGACCCCAAAACCGCUUUACUGUAUUACAACGAAUAUUUAAAUCUAUGUCAAGAAAGUGAUGAUCUAACUGGAAUGGGUAAAGCACACCGAGCAUUGGCUAAAUCUUAUGAAAAACAAAUGGACAUCGAUUCUGCCGUAAAAAAUUUGGAAUCUUUUGUGGAACUGUCUGAGAAAUCUGGUGAUUUUAGAGAACAACAGAGAGCAUGUUCCGCCAUUGGCGAAAUGCUAAACACCUUGGGCAAAUACGAAGAAUCAUCAAGGUACAUUGAAAAAGCUUAUAAGCUAACCAAGAAAAUACAGGAAGAAGAAAACAAGGAGUUGGUUCGUACAGAGUAUGGCAUUGUUAUUGCCAACUUAGUCAUGUUUGGUCAUAGUCAAGCAAUGAACACUACCAGUCCGCAGUAUAUUGAUCAACUGUUAAAUUGGAAACAAACCCGGAAAAAUGUCUUUGCUGCAUCUGUAUCGAUUCCGAGGAACUUUUCUUUGGAGAAGGUGGUUGACUAUCAUGGAAGUGACGAAGAUAUUAAUAUUCAACAAGAUUCUCAACAGAAGCGCAAUGAAAACGAGACAGGUGAUGACGUCAUAGAGAACGAACAUACAAGAGCUGAAAUCACCGAGUAAAACUUUCUCUACAGUCGGUUAUUGCUUCCUCAUCUUUUGAUUUUAUUAAAUUAUAUUUAUGUUGGGUAGAAGUGAACUUUGUAAAUAUAAAAACAUCUAAACCAAGCUGAAUUAUGUAUGACAUGCUUUUACAUAUAAUUAUAAAGAAAUUAUGUUAAAUCGCUAAAGAAGAUCGAACUACUUGUAAAACUGCAUGCCUUGUAAAUGCUGCGUCAUUCUCCCCCGCGUAUAAACUAUUAACUGUGGUAUAAACUAUAUCAAAUUUCUGAAUAAUAACUAUGUGUACUAUUUACAAAUCCUCGUAUGCCUUUCGAAUGGCGGACUGUCAACGGUCUUUUCCACAAGGAAGAGUACUGGGACCGAUACUUUUCCUUUUAGUUUUAAUGAUUGAUUUACUGUCAUAGUGUCAUACGGAGGUCAAGUGGUUAAGAUUACAAUAUUUGCCGUACAACGCUCUUGGUCCUGUUUAUCUGCUAAACAAAUCACUAAAAAUGUCAAUCGAUUUCACUGAAUCAGCAAGUAAACUCGCUGAAAAUAUUAUUUUUGUAAGCAGUUACAGUCAGCCGAGUUUGAUUUUGGUGGUCUGAUUUAUGUUCAGUUGCGUUAAUAAUGCAAAUAAUUGUGACCUACCCUCG